UUUGAAAGUUUGAAAAAAAAAACUGCCUCUCUCCGAAACUCAAACCGAGAGAGCAGCAGCACACAUAUUUCACCACCUUCUUCCGCCGCGAUCUUCCAUCACUUCCCUUCAACAUUGAGAACUAAACGCCGUCGUUUUUCUCCUCUUCAAAACCAAAUAAACACUUUCACUUCACUUUCUCUCAGACAUUUCAUCAAACAUGUCCGCGAAAUGGCGUGCACUUCAACACCGUCACCGUUACACCUACAACGCCGUCGUUUUCCCUUCUUCCUUUCUCAAUUCCCUUCACACAAACCCUAACCCUUCUUCCCCCUUCCAUCUCAACCUCCUCCACCUCACAACUCUCACUUCAACUUACUCUCAACUCGCCUUAGCCAAAAACCUCUCUGCAUCUUUCGUCAAUCUCAUCAACUCCGAAACUAAACCCAACUCCGAAUCUGAAGUCAUUAUCGCUUCUAAACUCUAUUUUGAGCUUCUCUUUUUGGAAAAUUCUUCACCUUUACAUCGAACCCUUCUUUCUGUUCUCUCAAAGGUUAAAUUUUCUCAUGAAUUACUUACUGGGUCUUUUCGGAAGGUUUUAGAAGAAUAUAGUAAUGGUAAGGGGAAGCGUUUUUCGGUGUCGCGUGUUGCGCUUAGUGUUAUGGGGUUGGCGAAAUUGGGUUACUUGAAUGAUGUUGUUGAGGUUUGUGCUGUUUUGAUAGCUGGUGAUGUUGUUCGUAGUUUAAACGGUGUUGUUUCGGAGACAAGUGUUGAUCUGUCUCGUCCUUCUCCUAUUGUGAUGGAGCAGUGUCAAGAUGGUUUGUCUUGUUUGUAUUACUUGCUACAGAAGUUUCCUUCUAUGUUUAGUUGUGGUGGUGAAAAUGGAAAUGGUGUUGGAAUGGAUGGUUUUUCGAGUGUGAUGGAGGGAAUUGUGAGUGUUGUUUUGAGUUUGGCGGGUUCUGAUGCUUUUUCUAGGGAUUGUUUUGUUGCUGCUGGUGUUGCUCUUUGUGCUGCUCUUCAAGUUUGUAUUAGUUCACAAGAGCUUGGUUUGGUUUUGAUUCAAGGUAUUUUUGAUUUGAAGGUUUCGAAUUUGAGUAGUGUUGCAGAUGUUGAUUGUUGUGAUAGUGAAUUUAUGAAUGCUGUUAGGAAGAUUCCUUGUAAGGGUGAGGAUGUUUAUAGUAGGAUAUGCAGCCUUUCUGUUCUCAGCAGGAUAUGUUUGAUUAGAGGGAUUCUUACUGCGGUUUCUAGAAACUUGCUUAAUACUCAAUUUAGUGUUGUGAAUGGUUGUGAAGGGAGUGUUAAGAAGACUAUAUUGUAUGAUGGAGUUUUGCCUGAGCUUUGUAGGCAUUGUGAGAGUCCUGUUGAUAGUCAUUUCAAUUUUCAUGCGUUGACUGUAAUGCAGAUUUGUUUGCAGCAAAUAAAAACAUCAAUGCUUUCUAAUCUUACUGAUCUGUCGGGAGACUAUGAUCCCAUUCCGGAGGAAAUGGGGAUGCGGAUACUUAGGAUUAUUUGGAAUAACUUGGAGGAUCCUUUGAGUCAGACGGUGAAACAGGUUCAUCUCAUUUUUGAUCUUUUUAUGGAUAUUCAACCGUCCUUGCGUUGGUCUGAGGGCGAUGAACAGGUUAAAGUGUUUUUGGGAAAGAUUGGAGCAGAUCUUCUUUCAUUAGGGUCACGGUGUAAGGGGAGAUAUGUUCCUUUAGCGUUGCUAACCAAGAGGUUGGGUGCGAAGAAAAUGUUGGAUUUGUGUCCAGACUUGUUGUUCGAGACAAUACAUGCUUAUGUUGAUGAUGAUGUUUGUUGUGCUGCAACUUCAUUUCUGAAAUGCUUUCUUGAAUAUUUGCGUGAUGAGUGCUGGGAGACGGAUGGUAUUGAAGGUGGGUAUGCACUCUAUAGAGGGUAUUGCCUUCCUCCAGUUUUGUAUGGGUUGGCCUCUGGAUUUUCAAAACAUCGCACCAAUUUAAACACUUAUGCUCUGCCAGUUUUACUGGAAAUUGAUGUGGAUAGUAUAUUUCCCAUGCUUGCUUUUGUCUCGGUUGGGCCAGACGGGGACGAUAAGGGACUGCAAUAUCCAGAAAUUGUUUAUUCAAACUUGGAAUUGAAUCUUGAACAGAAAAUUGCGAUUCUAGUUUCCUUGCUUAAGGUAUCUCGGUCACUAGCUUUGGUUGAAGGAGACAUCGAUUGGUAUGAAAGUCCUUCAACGAAUAACGUAGAGCGUGGGAUUGGAACACAAAGCCAUGCUCUUGUAUGUAUUAAGGGAAUAGAUAUUAAGAUCCGUGUUCUGUGGCUGGUAAAUGCAUUGACUCACAUGGAUGAAUCACUACGUGUAGAUGCUGCCGAGUCUCUUUUCUUGAACCCGAAAACAUCGAGUCUUCCUUCCCAUUUAGAACUCACUUUAAUGAAGGAAGCCGUGCCUUUAAAUAUGAGAUGUUGUUCUACAGCUUUUCAGAUGAAAUGGGGCAGCUUGUUUCGUAAGUUCUUCUCCAGGGUUCGAACAGCCUUAGAGAGACAAUUCAAGCAAGGAAGCUGGAACCCCUUCGAGCGUAUUAAAGGUAACAAAGAGGGAUGUCCUUCAGAAGGGAAUAAAGAAUUGACAAUUAAAAGAGCAGAUGAUCUUUUUCACUUUAUGAGGUGGUUAAGCGGCUUCUUGUUUUUCUCAUGCUAUCCUUCUGCUCCUUACAAGAGAAAGAUAAUGGCAACAGAUCUGAUCUUGAUUAUGAUCAACGUUUGGUCUAUUAAGUCUUCCAUAACCAAAGAGUUUGAUAAUUCUGUGUCAGAAAAUCAUCUUUAUCCUUACAGUAAGGGAAUGACUUCUUCUGAUUCAACUCUAUUGUUGGUUGGUUCCAUUGUUGAUAGUUGGGACCGGUUGAGAGAGAGCGCAUUUCAGAUAUUACUCCAUUAUCCAAACCCACUACCUGGAAUUUCAAGUGAAGAGAUGCUGAAGAAGGCAAUUGCUUGGGCUAUGAAAUUAGUUUGCAGUCCACGUGUAAGGGAAAGUGAUGCCGGGGCUCUAACUUUACGGCUUAUAUUUAGAAAGUAUGCGAUAGAUCUAGGUUGGUUGAUUGAAGAUCCAUUCAAUAUUUCCCAUUCAAGCUCAAUGUCUGAAUUGGUAAAUGGGGUUAAUCACUCCAGUAAGUUAAGAAAUCCCGUGAUAAUGUAUUUGACGUCAAUGAUUGACUGGUUGGAUGUUGUUGUAAAAGGUGGAGAGCAAGAUCUUUCAAAAGCGUGCAAGAACAGUUUUGUCCACGGUGUAUUACUUGCUCUUCGUUAUGCAUUUGAGGAGUUGGACUGGAAUUCCGAUGUCGCGUCGUCUAGCAUCUCAGAGAUGAGAUAUUUGCUGGAAAGACUUUUAGAACUUGUAGUGCGGAUAACUUCGUUGACACUAUGGGUGGUUUCUGCAGAUGCUUGGCAUCUUCCUGAAGAUAUGGAUGAGAUGGUUGAUGAUGAUAAUCUUUUGUUGGAAGUACCGGAUCAUGACAAUGAGCAUAUCUCUUCAUCUGAAUAUGAGAACAAUAGUUCAAAGCCUUCCCAUGAUACCAGAGCAUCAGAACAAAUUGUCAUGGUUGGUUGUUGGCUAGCUAUGAAAGAGGUGAGCCUUCUUUUGGGGACCAUUAUAAGAAAGGUACCAUUGCCAAGUAGUGAACGUUCGGAUUCGUCUGAUUCUGUGCUUGAUGUGGAACAACUUGAAACAAUCGGAAAUCACUUUUUAGAAGUUCUCUUGAAGAUGAAGCAUAAUGGUGCUAUUGAUAAGACACGCGCUGGGUUCACAGCUCUUUGCAAUCGCUUACUUUGCUCGAAUGACCCAAGGCUACAUAGAUUGACGGAGGCAUGGAUGGAACAACUUAUGCAAAGAACUGUGGCCAAAGGACAGGUUGUGGAUGACUUAUUGAGAAGAAGUGCUGGAAUACCAGCUGCAUUUACUGCUCUUUUCCUCUCAGAGCCAGAAGGCACGCCAAAGAAGCUCCUUCCAAGGGCAUUAAGGUGGCUUAUUGAUGUGGGAAGUGGGUCUAUGUUGAAUCAGAUCGAAAGUGAUAGCUCAAAAGACGACAACUCAUGCAAGUCAAAUGGCCCAAUGAAAGAAAAUAAUUCUUCACAGGAAGCUGAGAGAAAUGUAAGAGAGAUGUCAUCAAAAAUAAGAGAUGAAGGUGUCAUUCCUACAGUGCAUGCAUUUAAUGUUCUAAAAGCUGCAUUCAACGACGCUAACUUGUCUACUGAUACAUCUGGGUUCUCUGCCGAGGCUAUGAUUUUGUCUAUUCGCUCUUUCUCAUCUCCAUACUGGGAAAUCAGAAAUAGUGCUUGUCUGGCUUACACUGCUUUAGUUCGUCGCAUGAUUGGAUUCCUCAAUGUUCACAAGAGAGAAUCAGCACGACGGGCAAUUAGCGGGCUUGAGUUUUUUCAUAGGUAUCCAUCUCUACAUUCAUUUCUUUUCAAUGAACUGGAAGUUGCAACCGAGUUUCUGGGUCCUGCAUCUUCAGGAGAUUUAGAAUCCAUUCGGGGAAAUAAUCUGCAUCCUAGUCUGUUCCCAAUUCUGAUUAUUUUAUCAAGACUGAAGCCUUCAUCAAUUGCUGGGGAAAAAGGAGAUGAACUAGACCCUUUUCUUUUAAUGCCGUGGAUUAGGAGGUGCUCAACCCAAAGUAAUUUACGAGUUCGUGUUCUUGCUUCUAAAGCUCUAACAAGUCUUGUAUCAAACGAGAAAUUGUCGUCAGUCCUUCUCAGUAUUGUCUCCGAGCUUCCCUGUGCUGAAAACUUAGUAAAAUCUGGUUCUUAUGGGAUUUCUUACAACUUAAUUCAUGGAAUUCUCUUGCAGUUGAGUUCUCUGCUGGAGAUAAAUUGUAGUAAUCUACCUGAUAACUCAAAGAAAGAAAUUAUUGGUGAGUUGUUCCAAGUUCUUACACCUCGAUCGUGGAUUGGAAGACCUACUCAAUGUCGGUGCCCUAUCCUCAAUGAAACAUUCAUACGAGUUCUAGAUCAAAUGCUCAUGAUUGCAAGAACAUGCCGAAUAACCCAACAUUUUUUCCCCAUUCGCAACCUGCUUUUGGAGUUGUCAACAGAAUGCUUAGAUUUGGAAUCUUACAAUCAGCCAUAUUAUGAUGCAACCAUUGCUGAACUCCGUGAACAAGCAGCAGUUUCCUAUUUCGGUUGUUUGUUUCAAGCAUCUAAGGAUGAGGAAGAAUCAAUCCUUUUGCCUUCGAGUCAUUCUCUUCCAAUUACAAAACCGUUACCUAAACAUGAAGUAGAGAACACGUCCAGCGGUAUUUUGCAUAGGUUGCUUCGCUGCUUGUCAGACUCACAAUACGAAGUUCGACUUGCAACGCUGAAGUGGCUGCUGAAGUUCCUGAAAGCAGUUGAAUCUGAUGGUACGCUCUGCAAUAAUUCCGUUGAUGACAUUAGUGUUAUUCACCUUUGGGCAAAAACUAAUCUUCAUGGAACAUUGGUGAAGAUUUUGGCAUCAGAGAAGAACCGGAAAUGUAAGUAUUACAUUUUGAGGAUCCUUGUAGCUUGGAAUUUGCUGCAAUUUAAAAAAGCUAGCCAUGACAAGUGCACCGGCACAAGUUAUGUUGGUGAAAUGGACUUUGACUCUGUGUCACAAUUUUGGAACGAGUUAGUUUUCUUGUACAAUCAAACAAGACAUGCAAAGACCCGAGAAACCCUUGUUUACUGUUUGGGAGUAUGUGCUAAGAGAAUUACAAUUCUAUUUGCAAGUUCUUUUCCAUCUAAUGAAGGAAAGGGGUUUGUGGUUUCUGACGAAAUGAAUCAGGAGAAGCUAGAUUGGUUGUUUGAUUGCAUUGUUUUUUUCUGUAACAUGAUUAAACAAUGUAGUUCACCAUCGGAACAGACAAGUAUGCGCCAUGCAGCAGCUGGAUCCUUGAUAGCUUCUGGUAUACUCGAGCAGGCCGAGCUCCUUGGCUCAAUUGUUUACAAUGAUCAUAUUCCCUCUGCCACAUCAUCGCCUUCUAGUUUUGUGAAAAAUGAAGGUGUGAAUUCGUAUGCUCAUCAUGUGCUCAAUGCAUGGUUCACAUGUAUCAAGCUUUUGGAAGAUGAAGAUGACUCAGUUAGAUUGAGCCUUUCCUUAGAUGUUCAAAAAUAUUUCAGUUCAGAAAGAACUGGAAGCAGCGUUCCUCAUGAAUUGGUUCCAAUCCAAGUAGACAGAGUGAUAAGAUUCUGUUUUGAUCAUCUCUCAUCCAUUUUCGGUCAACGGAUUGAUUACUUCAACUACCUUUGUCAUUGGGUAUUACAAUCAGAAAGCAAUGUAUCGUUCGAAGGAGAUCUUGUGAGACGAGUUUUCGACAAAGAAAUCGACAACCAUUAUGAAGAGAAGCUUUUAAUCAGCCAAAUUUGUUGCUUCAAUAUGGAAAAGCUACCGAUUUUGAAGUCAUGGUCUGACAAAGAUGAACUAAUGACCUAUUUACACGGAUGGCGAAGUAGAUUUUUCCGUCAAUUGGUGGCGUAUGCCGAAAACAUUACCGGGCAACAGGAACGGAUUGAUUGGAUAGGAGGAGUAGGUAACCACAAAGAUACAUUUUUACCCAUAUAUGCAAAUUUACUUGGUUUCUAUGCUCUUUCAAACUGCAUUUUCGUUGUCUCUGACAAUAAUGAUGCAAAACUUCUAUCAGAUUUAGUUGUGCUUGGAAAAGCCAUUAAUCCAUUUUUUAGAAACCCUUUGGUUUCUAAUCUAUAUAAGCUAGUCCUAAAGUCGCAUGAGAAAAUAAUGACAGAAGAUGCUGCUAACAGCUUGUUGUCUGAGAUGGGAAAUCACUCUGUUUGGGAUAGUUUUAAUCCCUAUUUUCUUCUUGGCUAGGAUUUGUAUUCUUGUUGUAACUUUAUCUAGAAGCCAUUGAUCAUGCAGAGAGCAGUUGUAUCUAAGGAGCAGUUUUGUGUUGUAUUCAUUGAUCGAAAUAUUUUUGCUUAAAUGAAAUUAUGGUGAAAACCAUGUUGAUUUCUGUUGAAA